AGGAAACAAUCGAGAGUUUUAAUUGGGUAUUCACCGAGUUCAUUAGGCUAAUGGGUGGCAAACCUCCAAAAACAAUACUAACAGAUCAGGCCCGUGCUAUGGAGGUUGCUAUACAACAAAGGAUGCCAGAUACAACACACCGCUGGUGUAAGUGGCAUGUGCUUCGGAAGGCGAAGGAGCACCUCGGUCCGCAUUACACAAAACGGAGUGACUUUAGGGCCGCUUUGCACAAGGUGGUUAAUGAAAUGCUGACCGUUGACGAGUUCGAAGCAGCUUGGGCUGACCUGCUUGACAGAUACAAGCUGCACAACAACACUUUUCUGAUCCAAAUAUUCGAGGUUAGGCACAAGUGGGCAAAACCCUAUUUUAGUGGCAAGUUCUGUGCGAAGCAAACUAGUACGCAACGGAGCGAAAGUGCAAACCAUUUGUUGAAGGGCUACAUCCCCCCGCUUUCCCAAUGAACCUUUUUGUGAAACAAUACAGUAAGCUGCAGUUUGACCAGGAAGCUGAAGAAGGGUUCCAAGAGAAGAGGACCAGGCUGGGCGGUGUGGUUCUCCGAUACAAUUUCCCUCUGGAGGAGCAUGCGAGCCAGGUGUACACCCGGACUAUGUUCGAGAUGUUUGGUCAGGCUUUGUACCGCGUGGGAAGAUAUGAUGUCGAGGAAGUCCAAAGGGGCAGAAAGUACAACAUGCGGCAUGUGGAAGCUGAGAAGCGAGAAAAGUGGUGCCGCGAGAUGCAUGCAGUCGAUGUCCAUGAUGGCGGCGCUCGUUACUCGUGCGAAUGCGGCUUGUUUGAGCACAUGGGGAUGCUUUGUUGCCAUGCUAUCAAGGUUCUUAUUCAUUUGGGAGUGCGGAAGAUACCGAGUUUCCAUGUAAUGAAGAGGUGGACAGUAGAUGCCCGCGACAACUUGCCGCUGCACCUCAUCCAUUACCAGAAAGAUCAAGGGCCACCGCGGCUGUCAUCCUACCGGCAUACGGCACUACACCUGACAGCGCUAGAGUUCGUGUAGCUUGGUGAUAGCAAUGUAGAUGCAUUCAAUAGAGCAAUGGACAUUUUAAAUGCAGGCAAGGCUGAACUGACUGUUUUGGCAGCGAUCAAAGAUGGCAAAAGUUUGGUCGACCAAACUCAAGUUGGGGAUUCAGCCAAUCCAACCAUGCCACUAUGGCAAACGGCUCGCAACAAGAAGAUGUGUGUUCUGAGAUGAUCAUCUCCACUGAAUGUGGCCUUGGCUCUGUGUCUGUGGGAGCUGCAUCAUCGACGGGCCCAUUAUCCACAUUACUGGUGCCCGAUAGGAAGAAACAUAAGGGUAGGCCGACAACGGCGAGGGACAAGCCUGGAUAUGAGGUAAAAGACGCGAGAUCAAGAUUUUGCACAAUUUGUAGGGAGAAGGGGCACAAGAGCACAACGUGCCCCCGUAGGGGUGACCUUCCGAAGAAACCUCGCAAAAUCCCUACAUGUGGCAAUUGUGGUGUGGUCGGGCACAAGAAAACAAGCUGUUUCAACCCGGUGUUGCCGUUUGUGAAGAGGCCUCGCGACGGACCAGUCGAGUGAUGUUCAGUUUCAUUUUGAUGCGUAGAAGUUGUUGAAUCAGUCCAGAUGUAAGUUAGUAUAUUUAUUUGGACUUGUGAGUUGUAAUUCUAAUAAACCUGGAGCCUGACUGUGGGCUACUGUACUUUGCUUGCUGCUUUUUGAGAUACUAUUUUCAGCCGUUCUGGUUUAGUUUCCUUUGGGCCGGCUGCACA